AUGUACUUCCCGUUGUCUAAGAAGUUGAAACACAAAGACAAACUUAACAACUUCAUGGAACUACCUGGAGAAUCUGAUGACAAUCGUAAGAAAAUGCUUGAUACUAUCAUGGAGGAUCAUAUGGUGAAUUCACUUUUGAGGAGAUCGUGCUAUUGCUACUGGUCACUUGUGAAUAACAAAGAGGAUCCUAGUGCUUUCACUAUUCUUUGUAUCAUUGGGUUAUUGCAUUUUGUGAUGGCUUUGUGUGAUUUAGGUGCUCGCAUAAAUUUGAUGCCAUUAUCUGUCUACAAAAAGUUGAGUUUAGUGGAUCCAAAAUCAGAUGCAACGCGAUUACUUAUGGACGAUAGAAAUGUGAAGAAACCCAUUGGUGUUCUCCAAGAUAAAGGUCGGAUUAAUGUGGUUCCUAAUACAAAUGAGCUUGUUCCAAUGCGGCCAGUGACCGGAUGGAGAUACCACUUCAUAGUGAAAGAAGGGAUAGUGUUGGGUCAUCAGAUUUUUGAGAAGGGUAUUAAGGUUGAUAGAGGUAAAGUUGAGCCAUUGUGCAAAUUGUUUGAAAAGGAGUGUAGGUUUGAUUUUGAUGAUGCUUGUCUAAGAGCAUUAGGAGAGUUGAAAGCAAAGCUAGUUUCUGCACCUAUCACUAUUUCACCAUAUUGGGGGAAACCUUUUGAAGUGAUAUGUGAUGCGAAUGGAGUUGCGCUUGUGUGGUAUUGGUAUCGAAAAGAGAAAAGAUUCUCCAUCCUAUUUACUAUGCCACCAAAGCUCUGUGGCUCAAAAGAACUUUGCGGUGAUUGA